GCUUUUUCUGCUGGCCCCCUUGUGGCUGCCCGCCUGUCUCUUCUUCCUCUGCUGCACACUGACCUGGUCGCUGAUCUUCAACUUGCGGAAGGCCAAGUACGAGUUGAAGAUCACCAAAGAGGUGUUGCCGCCCGACGCGGAGUCAGCCACGGUGACCACGCCGGAUGGUGUAGAGCUGCGCUACUGCACCGCCGUGAUCCGGAAUGCGGGUGGCGGAGUCCCAGCAAAGGAUGCUGAGAAGGUCGUCCUCUUUUGCAAUCCCUUGGGACAGAAAGGUUUUGCUUCGUGGGGAAGCGUUAUCGCGAGCAUCGCCCAAGCCUGGGGCCCGGGGACGCUCCUCGUUUGCUGGGACUACCGAGGUUUCUUCGAAUCCCAGGACCCGAAGCGCCUCAGAAUGGUGGAUGUGAGAAAUCAUGCCGAAGAUGCCGCAGUGGUUCUGCGUGAAGUGGUCGGUGAUCGACCAGCGGACCUUCUCGUGGGCCACAGCAUGGGCGUCCAAGUUGGGUUGGAGUUCGCUUUGCUGUUCCCUGACAAGGUGGGAUCUCUGGUCCUCCUCAACGGAACCUACGGGCAAGCACUGCAGACGGGCUUCCAACCCGUGCUCCGGCUUCCCUACGUGGGCGGCCUGCUCAGCAGUAUCAUUUUCUGGCUCCUGGAGCAAGGCCACGAACAGAUUCUCGAAUCGAUGCGGAUCUGCCUGAACCCUUUCAUCGGGCUCUUCUUCCGCCUGCUGACGCUUCUCUUCGGGAGCCGCGCGCUUGCGGAGUUCUACGGCAAGGACUAUAUGCACCAGGUGUGGGACCACUACUUGGGUGGGAUUUGCUCCAACACCAAGAGCAUGAAGGCCUUCCUGCGCGGCUUCCAGGUCCUUGAUGCCCAUUCCACAGGUCAUCUCCUGCAUGAGCUUGGGCACCCGACUUUGCUGAUUGCUGGUAUCUGGGACUUCCUGACACCGGCAUACAACAUGGUCACCAUGAACCGUGCCAUGCGAAAUGCUCGGCUCGUUGUCGACACCCUGUCCGGACACUUCACCUGCCUGGAGCAUCCGGAACUGGCAAUGGCGGAGGUGAACGAUUUCCUCACCUUUGAGGUCCCGCACUUCAAGAGACUGAGCACCUUUGACUUCGAGAUGCACGCGAAGCAGAUGUAA